AUUGAUUUGAAAUGACGACAGAACCAGAGAGCCAAUCAGAGCAGCAGGGGGCCAGCGCGGCUCCGCCCCAUUCAGCCCCGCCCCUCGACAACCAGCUGCCACCUGCCGCCGCCCACAGCACACCUGUGAGGAAAGAGCAGGGCGGUGGAUUCCCGCAGGGGAGAGCCGAUCAUCAGUCCGAGGACGACGGUGCGUCUCACUGGUCCUCCUCCAGUAAACUGACCCGGUCUCCAGUGAAGAUCAGCAGGAAGCCCAAGAACAUGCAGUGUAAGGUGACUCUUCUGGACGGCUCUGACUACACCUGCGUGGUGGAGAAGCGUGAUAAAGGUCAGGUUCUGUUCGACAAGGUCUGCGAACAUCUCAAUCUUCUGGAGAGAGAUUACUUUGGCGUCACGUUCCGGGAUGUGGAGAACCAGAAGAACUGGCUGGAUCCUGCCAAAGACAUGAAGAAGCAGAUCAGAGGCGUCGCCUGGAAUUUCUCGUUCAACGUGAAGUUUUAUCCUCCGGAGCCGGCGCUGCUUUCUGAAGACAUCACCAGAUAUUACCUGUGUUUACAGUUAAGGGAUGAUAUCGUGUCGGGUCGUCUCCCGUGUUCGUUCGCCACACACACAGUUCUGGGCUCGUACACGGUUCAGUCGGAGCUGGGCGAUUAUGACCCGGACGAGUACGGCUCCGACUACGUCAGCGAGUUUCGUUUCGCUCCACAUCAGACCAAAGAGAUGGAGGAGAAGAUCAUGGACCUGCACAAGAACUACAAAGGAAUGACGCCGGCUGAAGCUGAGAUGCAUUUUCUGGAGAAUGUAAAGAAACUGUCUAUGUAUGGAGUCGACCUUCAUCAUGCAAAGUUGAUAGGACGAUUCUUUCACUGCUUUUCUCCAGCUAAAGGAGAGGAUUCAGAGGGGGUGGAGAUCAUGUUGGGCGUGUGUUCCUCCGGGCUCCUCAUCUACCGUGACAGACUUCGCAUCAACCGCUUCGCCUGGCCCAAAGUCCUCAAGAUCUCCUACAAACGCAAUAACUUCUACAUCAAGAUCCGUCCAGGCGAGUUUGAACAGUUUGAAAGCACGAUAGGCUUUAAACUACCCAACCACAGAGCGGCCAAGAGACUGUGGAAGGUUUGUGUGGAGCAUCACACGUUCUUCAGGUUGGUUUCUCCGGAGACUCCUCCUAAGAAGUUCCUCACGCUGGGCUCUAAGUUCCGUUACAGCGGCAGAACUCAGGCUCAGACCAGACGGGCCAGUUCCCAGAUCGUACGUCCGGCUCCGUACUUCGAGCGCUCCACCAGCAAGCGCUACACCAUGUCACGCAGUCUGGAUGGAGAGAUGGGUACGGCCUUGUACGGAGCAGCCAAAGGCAUUGCCAUGAGUGACCUCAUCACCACUGUAACACCAGAGAAGAAAGUCGAGGAGACGCGCGAGGAGGAGCGUGAAGAGACUCCACCGGUGCUGGUGGAGAGUGUGGAGGCGCUGGAGGAAGAGGACGAGACCACGAAAGCCACGGAACUAUCACUGCCGAGCCCACCGACACCAGCCCGACAGGACACGCGGACUGAUCUCACAGACACUGCUGUCGAUGGAGAGUUAACCGCCACCGAGUCGGAUCAGGAGGACGAAUCUGAAGCAAAGACGCAGGAGAUGGAGCGGACGCCGGACGAGCUGCUGAAGCACCAGACCAACAUCAGCGAGCUGAAGAGGACGUUCCUGGAGGGAGGACCGGACCGGACGGGGAUGACCGAGUGGGAGAAGCGUCUGUCCUCGUCUCCGCUGAGAUCACCGCGUCUGGACGAAGCGCCCAUGAUCGAGCCGCUGGAGCCGGACGUCAAACAGGAAGCAGCGCUGGAGGGACAGGAAGUGGCCGCAGCCGCUCUGGAGCAGGAAGAGAAGGGUGAUGUGGAGUCUGACGGGUGGGUCAUUAUAAACAAGGUUCCUCCGUUUGAACCCGAUAAACUUCCUCCGGUCCAAGCAGAAAGGGUUUCUCGUAAGAUACCAGAGAAGGUUUCUACCGUAGCGCAAGAACAACGUCCAGGAAAACCCUCGUCCGUCCAAUCUGAAGAGCUUCCUCCUCCUAAGACUCCAGAAAAGGUUCCUACCGUAAUCCAGGAGACAGAAAAACCUGAAGAGGUUUCUCCUUCAGAAAAGGUUCCUGCAGCAAUCCAAGAAAAACAAUUUCCCAUCGUAACUGAAGAGGUUUCUCCAAGGAGAACUCCUUCCAAGAUACCAGUGAAGGUUUCCAUCACAGUACAAGAAACGUCCCCUCCGGAAAAGCCUUCCUUGAUUGCAUCUGAAGCGGUUUCUCCAAAGAAAAGUCCAGAAAAGUUUCCUACAGCGACGCAGGAAAGGUCUUCUCCAGAAAAACCCCCGUCUGUUGUAUCUGAAGAGGUUUCUCCGACGCUUCCAGAAAAGGUUUCCACCAAAGUACAAGACGCUUCUCCAGAAAAACCGUCGCCCAUCGUAUCUGAAGAGGUCUCCCUGAAGAAAGUUCCUCCGAAGGUACCAGAGAAGGUUUCUACGGUGGUCCAAGGAAAGGUUGAACCCAUAAAGGUCGGUUCUUCAGAGGAUGCUCCUCCUAAAGUACCUCCUAAAGUUCCUCCGAAGGUUCCCGAGAAGAAACACGCGGCCGGCUACAGGUUCCUGUCGGUCUCGAGCGCGCCGCCGUCCGCCGGAUCUCUGGAAGGAUCUCUGGAAGGUUUCUCCGAGUCCAGAGGGGUGCCGCUGCGCUCUCCGGUGGAUCUCAGCAGAUCUCCGACGGCUCGAGUGCCUAAGCCCAGUUUUGAUGAGAUGUCUCCUGAGCUCACGGCGCUCUUGCAGUCGACUCGCAGCUGGGCUCCGUCUGCGUCUGCGUCUGCGUCUGCGUCUGCGUCUGCGUCUGCGGUCACGAUACAGUCCUCAGAGAGUCGUCCGGCUGAAGACGAGGAGCGGCCCCCGGCGGAGGAUCAGCCUCAGUCAGGUGUGGUGAGUUUCUCCAGGACUCUCUCAGGAGACUCGGACACUCCUGUGAUCCAGACGGAGAUGAAGACCAUCACGUACGAGUCCCUACAGUGUAUCGCUCACCAUGGAGACAUUGACCACACACACACCAUCACCUCAGAGACCACCAGCACCACCACCACCACACACAUCACCAAGACAGUGAAGGGUGGAAUCUCAGAAACACGGAUUGAGAAGAGAAUCGUGAUCUCAGGAGACGCAGACAUCGAUCAUGACGAGGCUCUGGCUCAGGCCAUUAAAGAGGCUAAAGAACAACAUCCCGACAUGUCAGUGACCAAAGUGGUGGUGCAUAAAGAGACGGAGAUCACGCCGGAGGAGUGAUGCAGGAUUAACAUCAUCUUCACGCUUUCUGGAGGAACUCGUGUGUUCAUGCUGUGGAAAAGGAAGGAUGCUUCAGAGAAAUCAACACAGGAACAGCAGCAUCAAUGAACGAAUCGCAGCGAACGUCAUCUGAACACGUCUGGAGUAACACACACACACACACACACACACACACACACACACAUGCUUACAGGCGCCGCACUGGAUCACUGUUACUGCAUGACAAGGGAACAAUUCUGCUUUUUGUGAGGAGACUACAGUAUAUAGACCUUUUAGUAAAUACUAUAUGAGCGCAGUGCAUAGUCAAACCACGAGCUCGUCAUAAGAGGACCGAAGAGUAUGUGUGAGAAGAAAUAUAACGGUUGCAGAUAUCUACAUUUAUUUAUUCUACUGAUUCCUGCUCACUUUAAAAAAGGACGAACUUUGCACAAUAUUUAAUCGCGCAAAGAUGUGCCAUCCACGCUCCGUCGGCUCAUCUCCGAUCUGCUCACGUUGCAUAUGACACACGUUCAUUACGAGGAUAUGAAUAUGCCACACAUGUAUGUUAGAGACGUGUUAUGUUGUUUUUACUUGAAUCACACACCUGUUCCUGUUUCUUUUUGAGAACUGUCACUUGUGAACAUUGAGCUUAGAGGAAUGAAGCUCUCCGAGAGCUGCUGUAAUGACGAUCGCUGCCCUGCAAAAUCAAUCCCAGAGUCCUCCCUGCCCAGAGUGCCACAUCUGAGCCUUAAACUGUACAGACCAAGCCCAUGUGUGUUUAUGUCCUUGUUUGUUUUCCAAUGCCGUGUCGCCGCCCUGCUGACUGUUUCUCACUCAAGCAACUCCAAUAAAAUCUCGAUUCCAUUUCUGA